AUGCUUUUGUCAGAAAACUUACGGGGGAAUGUCGCCGGCUUCUCUGCCUGUUUGGGCAGAGAGAAGGAGAGUGACAGACCUCAGCAUGUCUCUACCUGCAGUGUUCCGGCUCUGGAGAGGAGACAAGGAGGAGAAGAUGGUAGCUCCCAGCUGAACCUGAGCACCAACUGGUCUGAAGUGGAGCCUGGGCCUUCGGGUUGGAGCAAGGGAGCUGCUACCCCAAAAGCUCCUGAACCCAUCAAGUUUUUCCCAUCUUCACUAGAGCAGGAAAAGCAAGAGACGGAAACUUACAUUUGCCUCUUAAAGGAUUUUUACCCCGAUGUUAUCAGAAUGCAUUGGAAGGAAGAGGGGAGCGAUAAGAUCUUGGAGUCCCAGCAGAGUGACCCAUUCCAGGUGAAGGACAAGUACUGGCAGUUGAGCUGGUUGACUGUUACUAAAUCGUCCCCGGGGAAAAUUUACAAAUUGAUAUACCGACAUGAGAAGACUGGUCGGGUAGAAAACGAAGAGCUGUUUCCGGCACCAGCUUCUGUCCCCACCACCACUUCUCCAGCAGCCUCUACUAUGGUUGAAACUUCUGUCCCCACCACCACUUCUACAGAAGCCUUUACUACGGUUGAAACAUCCGUCCCCACUACCACUUCCACAGAAGCCUCUACUACAGUUGAAACUUCUGUCCCCACCACCACUUCUACAGAAGCCUCUACUACAGUUGAAACUUCUGUCCCCACCACCACUUCUACAGAAGCCUCUACUACAGUUGAAACUUCUGUCCCCACCACCACUUCUACAGAAGCCUCUACUACGGUUGAAACUUCUGUCCCCACCACCACUUCUACAGAAGCCUCUACUACAGUUAAAACUUCUGUCCCCACCACCACUUCCACAGAAGCCUCUACUACGGUUGAAACUUCUGUCCCCACCACCACUUCUACAGAAGCCUCUACUACAGUUGAAACCUCUGUCCCCACCACCACUUCUACAGAAACCUCUACUACGGUUGAAACUUCUGUUCCCACCACCACUUCUACAGAAGCCUCUACUACAGUUGAAACUUCUGUCCCCACCACCAUUUCUACAAAAGCCUCUACGACAGUUGAAACUUCUGUCCCCACCACCACUUCUACAAAAGCCUCUACUGUGAUUGAAACUUCUGUCCCCACCACCACUUCUACAGAAGCCUCUACUAUGGUUGAAACUUCUGUCCCCACCACCAUUUCUACAGAACAUUCUACUACAGUUGAAACUUCUGUCCCCACCACGACUUCUCCAGAAGCCUCUACUAUGAUUGAAACUCUUCGCUCCACACUUUCCCCUCCAGCCAGGGAGGCCUGCACCACUGGUCCAGUUAAACAAGUUCUCCAGUCGGUGAACACGUAUGCCUAUUACACCUACACCAUCCUUCUGCUCAAGAGCACCACAUACUGCAUCUUCAUGCUGUUCCUUAUUUAUAAAAGAAACAUGGCCAGUGGCAAGUGGAGAGAACUGGCCAGUUGCCAUCUCCAGAGAAAUGUGUGAGGGCCAACAGAAUUUUCCUGGACCACACUCACAACUUCUCUUCGGAUCUGCACACAAGGAGCAGAGCGGCACAAGGCUGUUUGACGUGUUAUCGUUAUUGCAGUUACAAGCAGUUCUUCUAUGUAAUCACCAGGCAGAGCUUUAUUUUAUGAUUUUAUUUUUAAACUGUAGAAGAAAGUGUGUGGUUUUAACAAGCCCUCUUUCAUUGAUUUUGCUUUUAUGUUCUGGGCUUAGUUUUAGAUUUAUCUCUUAUAUUCUUCGUCAGUCGAUCUAGUCACAUAAAUGAAAGCACCACUACCCGUGCUAUCAAAAGUUGUGGAACUGUUCUUCUCUCGCUCCCAUCAAUAAUUGAUUUGUAAAUGCUUGUCUCCCCCAUGGGAUUGUAAAUUUCCACCCCGAAUCCUUAGCCUGUGAGCCCCAGGUAGGGGCAGGGAUUGUGUCUGAUCUGUUUUAUUUACCUCAGUGUUUAGUACAGUGCUGGCACUUUAGAAAUGCCACAAUUAUUAUUAGCUUCAUCAUUAUUAAGAGCCUUGUGUCUGGGACUGUUUUUCAUUUAUACUGAUGGCUUCUAUGAUAGGCACUCAAUAAGCUUCUACGAU